CGAAUAGUGUUUGAGCUGUAGGAUCCGUCGAUGCUGACGCAGCGGAGUGACAGUGCCGACGGCCGUAGGCACUAGGCAGAGCACACGACUCCCCAGUCGCCGCUCCUCCACCUCCGCCGCCUGGACGCUCUCCACCACCUUCGUCGACGUCGAGAUGGCGCGGUCGGCGCACGACGAGGUCACCGACUCCGGGGCCUUCGACCCGUCGCCGUCCACCUUCCGGAGCUUCGUGUCCAGGGACAGCUCUGCCCGCUUCCCCGCCGCGCCGGGGAGGUACCACCUCUACGUCUCCUACUCCUGCCCCUGGGCAUGCAGGUGCCUCGCCUACCUGAAGCUCAAGGGCCUCGACCACGCCAUCGGCUUCACCUCGGUGAAGCCCAUCUUUGAGAGGACCAAGGAGACCGACGACCAUAUGGGGUGGGUGUUUCCUGCCACCGGAGACGAGGAGCCCGGCGCCGAGCCCGAUCCUUUCAACGGAGCCAAGAGCAUCAGGGAGCUCUACGAGAUCGCCAGCGGAAAUUACGCCGGGAAACCAAGUGUCCCUGUUCUGUGGGACAAACAGCUCAAGACCAUCGUGAACAACGAGAGCUCAGAGAUCAUCCGAAUGCUCAACACCGAGUUCAACGAGUUCGCGGAGAAUCCUGCCCUGGAUCUCUACCCUGCUCAUCUACAGGCCUGCAUAGAUGAGAUCAAUGAGUUGGUAUACGAAGCUAUAAACAUUGGCGUGUACAAAUGUGGCUUUGCAAAGCAACAGGGGCCAUACGAUGAGGCUGUCACGAAAUUAUUUGAGGCUCUGGAUAAAUGUGAGGGUAUUCUAAGCAAGCAACGGUUUCUAUGCGGCGAUCAACUUACAGAGGCAGAUGUUCGCUUGUUUACAACUCUUAUAAGAUUUGAUGAGGUUUACUCUGUUUACUUCAAAUGCAACAAGAAGCUCAUCAGGGAAUACCCAAAUCUGUUCAAUUACACCAAGGACGUAUACCAAAUUCCUGGCAUUAGCAGCACGGUUAACAUGGGGCACAUACGAAAGAGCUACUAUGGAGGCUACUCACCCAUAAAUCCAUACGGGAUUAUCCCUGCGGGCCCAAACAUCGAUUAUAAUGCUCCACACGACAGAUGUGGCUAGCAAUAGUGAUUCUAUGGCAGUGUGGUAUGUUCAGGGCCCGUUUGGGGGGCUUCGGCCGGCUCUGGCUCCUCCUAGCUCUGUGUGAGGGAGGAGAAGGAGAAGGAGAAAGGAGAGAGAAAACCGGGCUUCGAUGAACAGUGCUUUGCUAGGGGGAGCCGCAGCCUUCCCAAACGGGCUCACGUCAAGUUUCUUGCAUAAAUCAUAAUAUAUAGUCCAUCUCCUUUUAAAUACGACGUUCGGAACAGGAUAAUAAAGCAGCUGACAGCCUCACUUUUAUGUACUACUAUUCUUUUAACUUUUUUUGUGAGCGUUUCUAUACUAUUCUGAGUGGACCGUUUAUAUAAUCCUUUAUUUCUUUUCUAUAUCCACUUCAUAAUUGUAAGAUACUAAGAAUGAGUAAACUGUACCAGCAAUCCUUGGUACUUUUGUCC